CUUGUAUUUUGAGUAUUUUACCAGUUUUUCUUAAAUAUUUUUAUUCCAAAAAUACCCUUCUCAAAUUCUCCGUUUCAUAAUCUCCUUCAUCCUUAUUGAUCGUACAGGAGCCAGGUGCAGAGCAGUCCCAUUUCUUUCCUUCUGACGUUGAUUUUCUCUCAGUGAUGGAGGAGCAGUUCGUGCUCAGAGUCCCACCUUCUGUUGCAGAGCGACUGGACCGCCUUCUGGGCGAAAACGCUUCUACCGACGACAAGUCGUUGGAUUUGUCAUUCGAAGUUUCACCGAAUGUUUCACUUGUAAGCUUGAAAUAUCUUCCAGAGGAUGGUAGGACUGGCACAUUUGUCAUUGGCAAUGACCGUUUCCCUGCAUCACUGUUUGAUCUUCCUUGUGUUGUGGAGUCCUUCAAAACAUAUGAUGAUAGCGUGUUAAUUAAGACUGCAGACAUUGGUCAGAUGAUUAUGGUUAGGGAUCCGAGUGAUCCAGCUCCAGAUACAGUGGAGUACAGGCAUGGUCUCACCCCUCCAAUGAGGGAUGCUCGAAAGCGAAGAUUUCGCAGGGAGCCUGAUCUAAAUCCUGAGAUUGUCCGGCGUGUUGAGGAAGAUCUACUGAAUAUUAGUACUAGCGGACCAGCUGAUAAUAUUGAUGUUGAAGCAGCUGAGCAAGAAAAGGAUGGAGAUGGAAAUGCUCGUAAUGCAAGUAAAAAGCCUGUUGAAGAACCUGUAUCACAACCUGAUGUUCCAGAGGCAGCUACAAAUGCUGGGGAUCCCGAUAGAAGUGACUCUGAUGAAUCCGACGAUUCAAUUUGACCCAACGCCUCCUGCGGAUAUGUUUUUCCCUUCAAUCUGCUUGAUGCGGUUGCUGAAAACAUACCCGAGAUUACAGGGAUGCUUAUCAUGGUGGUUUUGUCACUCGGAAAAUCUUAAAAAAGAAAUGCUUGUGUAAUUUGUAGGGUUUGUAUUUUAUGCAAUGGACAACUUGUCCACAACUUUGUAUUUAUACAACUUUGUUAAUAGAUUUUGUUUAUCAUUUGAAUACAA